AUGCAUCGCCCCGAACCCAGCACCCAUACUUUUCUUGCCACUCUUCCCUGUCCCCUCUCACCCGUCAAGCAAUCCUCAACAUGUGCGCUGCCCUUGCCUCUCCACUGGUCUGAGAGACGCAGAGAGUCCUCUGAACCUUACGACCCUUAUAUCCCUGCUGGUUCCGGUGCCGCUGGCGGGCCUUCCAACAACAACGGACAGAACAAUGCCCAGAGCAAGAAGGUGGGCCUCUCCCUCAAUCUGAAGGAAGACUGGAGUCACGGUGGAGGUGCCGGGAAUGACCGUGCCCUCGGUGUUGCUGUUUUGCUCAUUGCUGCUAUCCAAUCUCAGAUCGAUGAGACUAUUGACACCAUGCACGACAACAUCACUAAAGUGACUGAGCGUGGAGAGAACUUGGACAAUUUGCAGAACAAGACCGACGAACUGGCUGUCUCUGCCCGUGGCUUCAAGACUUCGGCCUCGAACGUGCGCCGUCAAAUGUGGUGGAAAGACAUGAAGAUGAGGGUCAUCAUUGGUAUCGGAAUCUGCGUGUUGAUUAUCGUUAUUGUGGUGCCGAUUGUCAAGGCGUGA